AGCACCUCGCGCGAGGUGCCAGGCAAGAACGCCAAUUGGGCAGGUCGUCGCCACCACCGUACCAACCAACCCUCCAUCCCAGCCGCCGCCGCCGUCGAACGCGCCAACGGAAUUAAGCGCGUGGCCGGGCUGAGCCAGCGGCGCCGCGGGCGGGCAGACGCGGCGACGACGAUGGGGCAGAAGCGCGCGGUGCUGGUGGGCAUCAACUACCCGGGCACGGACGGGGAGCUCAAGGGCUGCCUCAACGACGUGGCCCGCAUGCGCCGCUGCCUCGUCGACCGCUUCGGCUUCGACGAGGCCGGCAUCCGCGUGCUCGCCGACGCCGAUCCGUCCACGCCGCCGCCCACGGGGGCCAACAUCCGGCGGGAGCUCGAGCGCCUCGUGGCGGGCGCGCGCGCCGGGGACACGCUCUUCUUCCACUACAGCGGCCACGGCCUGCAGCUGCCCGCCGAGAGCGGGGAGGACGACGACACCGGCUACGACGAGUGCAUCGUGCCCUGCGACCUCAACCUCAUCAAAGAUCAAGACUUCACGGAACUCGUGGCCAAGGUCCCCGACGGCUGCCUCUUCACCAUGGUCUCCGACUCGUGCCACAGCGGCGGCCUGAUCGACAAGACCAAGGAGCAGAUCGGGAACAGCACCAAGCAGAGCAAGAAGAACCAGCAUCCUCCAUCCGCUUCUGGGACCUGCACCUGCACGUGCACCUCCCUCCUGCGGAUCAUCCGUGGCGCGGUCGACUCUCUGGGCGCCCACCUCCCCUGCCAUGGCCGCCACGGCCACAAGCAGAGCACCCAAAACGGCGGCAAGGAGACGGGCGCGAAUGCGGAGGCCGAGUCGUCCACGAUCGCCGGCGCCACCACCACAACCAGCCGGUCGCUGCCGCUGCCGACGUUCAUCGAGAUGCUCAGGGACAAGACCGGGAGGCACGACGUCGGCGUGGGGUCGAUCCGGACGACGCUGUUCCACCACUUCGGCCACGAGGUUAGCCCCAAGGUCAAGAGGUUCGUGGAGGUCAUGGUGGGCAGGCUCCGGCACGACGGCAAGCUGGGCGGCGAGGAGGUGGAGCAGCCGCACGCCCUCAGAACGGCCGUGGAGCAGGACGCGCGGAGCGUCGAGGAGGUGUACGCCGGGCCGCCGCCGGCGGCGGCGGGCAGGGCCGGGCUCGGGCUGCCGCGGAACGGCGUCCUGAUCAGCGGGUGCCAGACGGACGAGACCUCGGCGGACGCGACCACGCCCGACGGCGUGUCGUACGGCGCGCUGAGCAACGCGAUCCAGGCCGUCCUCGCCGGGAGCGGGAGGAAGCGCGGGGCGGCGGCGGCGACGAACCGGGAGCUGGUGGUCAGGGCGCGGGAGCUGCUGGCCAAGCAGGGGUACACGCAGCAGCCCGGGCUCUACUGCAGCGACGAGCACGCCAAGCUGCCCUUCAUCUGCUGAGCUGAAACACGGAGAAUUCUCAGGCAGCCAAUCUAUCGUUUGUGUUACGGAAGAAUCUAGAAUCGACAGUUUGAUUGCAUCGUGGUGUGAUAUUGUGAUGUUACCAGAAGUGAGAAGACGUUGACAUCAGCAGCGCAGUUUUUAGGCCCUGUUUCGCGAAAAAAUUUUAGUUUUGACACUGUAGCAUUCGUUGUUAUUUAAUAAUUAAUGUUCAAUUAUAAACUAAUUAGGUUUAAAAGAUU